AUGUCACCCGAAAACGAACAAUCUCGGAGUCAGGCUGGCCCUAUUGCUGAGUCCACUGCUGUGACUGACAAAGGCACGAAGACCAAACCAAAAGUACUGAGUGUGAGCACAAAGACAGUUUGGAAGUCCAGUGACGAUGCUGUGUUGAUAGCAACACUUCUGAAGGAACGGGAGGAGGGUCAUCAAUCUGACUCAGGAUUCAAACCGAAGUCAUUCAUUGCUUGCGCGGAAGCACUCAAAGGGAGUGAGAAGACAAGUGGAGGUGUUGCGAAGACAUCUGGCUCAUGUCAUGAUCAUUGGGGAAAGCUCAAAAAAGACUUCGCCGUUGUCAAAAAACUCCGGGAACAAUCUGGAUUUGGCUGGGACAAUACUUUGAAGAUUGUAACUGCCCCGCCAGAUGUCUGGGAGAAAUAUCUCGCGGUAGGUGGAUCUCAUCAGAUCACCAAAGUCUGGAGGAAGAAAUCUUUUCCACUCUACAACAGCAUCCAGAUUCUAGUCGAGGGGAUUGUUGCAACUGGCAAAAAUGUUUUUCGUGUGGGCAUGACCACCAUGACUGAAACUGUUGACACCACACUCCUGUUCAACCAUCCUGCUGAUUCGGGGGAAGAUAACCAGAUGUUGGAUGACAAAAAUGAUGAGGAUGUUGAUGACUUGCAGACCAUGACACCCAUCAAACCCAACAACCGGAAGUGUUCGGCUGUAGAAAUGACACCGUUUGGGAGCAGCUGCAAGCGACAACCAACUGGUCGUGCCAUCCGUUGUUCUUCAAGUGGUCGUGGCUCAGGCACUGAUGCCAUGUUUUCGGUUGCAGGAGCUAUCGAGACACUCGCCGAUAAAUUCAACGAGUCUGGUGGGCUCACUUCUCCAGAACGUUGCAGUGCUGCCAUCCACUGUCUCGAAGACGAUGAUGACUUGUCCGAAACUGAGCAGGUAGCAGCUGUUCAUUUGUUCUCUCGUCAGACUGCAAUUGCAGAUUCAUACCUUGUAAUCAAGAAAAAGUCUACUCGCACUCGUUACAUUCAGUCAGAGUUAGCCGAGUUUAGUCUAGGGUAG